AAACUUGCUUGAUAUUUGGACGAGGAAUUAAGCCGGUUUUGAAGACCGGAAGCGAGCAAGUACGUGAGAUAUAGACCAUUCAAGAUCUCUCUUAAUCUUCGUAGAAACAUUCAUUCUCUUUGGAAAACUCUAGAAAACCCCUUUUUAAACCUGCGAUUUCGGGCCGUUUGCCUUCCGCCGUCCUCCGAUCUACUUCCUUCACUUCAAAGAUCGUCUGCGUUUUGUUUGAAAGAUGAGCGUGGUUGGGUUUGAUUUUGGUAAUGAAAGCUGUGUUGUUGCUGUUGCAAGGCAGAGAGGAAUUGAUGUCGUUCUCAAUGAUGAAUCAAAGAGAGAGACCCCCGCACUUGUCUGCUUUGGUGACAAGCAGAGAUUUAUUGGGACAGCAGGAGCUGCAUCAGCGUUGAUGAACCCAAAAAACACCAUAUCCCAGAUAAAAAGAUUAAUUGGUCGCCAGUUUUCUGAUCCUGAGCUGCAGAGGGAUCUCACUUCCUUGCCAUUCACUGUUACUGAAGGGUCUGAUGGGUUUCCCUUAAUCCAUGCACGGUACCUAGGAGAAAAUAAAACAUUCACUCCGACUCAGGUGCUGGGUAUGCUGCUUUCAAAUUUGAAGAGCAUAGCAUCCCAGAAUUUGAAUGCUGCGGUCAUUGAUUGCUGCAUUGGUAUUCCAGUUUACUUUACUGAUCUUCAGAGGAGAGCUGUUUUAGAUGCUGCUACAAUUGCUGGACUACAUCCUUUAAGGCUGAUUCAUGAAACCACAGCUACGGCUUUGGCAUAUGGUAUCUACAAGACAGAUUUGCCUGAAAAUGACCCAAUCAACGUUGCAUUCGUGGACGUUGGACAUUCAAGCAUGCAAGUCUGCAUUGCUGCCUUCAAGAAGGCUCAACUUAAAAUAUUGGCACAUUCAUUCGACCGAUCUCUGGGUGGGCGUGAUUUUGACGAGGUUCUUUUCCAGCAUUUUGCUGCUAAGUUCAAGCAAGAGUAUAAGAUUGAUGUUUUUCAGAAUGCAAGAGCUUGCCUUAGGCUUAGAGCAGCCUGUGAAAAAUUGAAAAAGGUUCUCAGUGCUAAUCCAGAGGCUCCAUUGAACAUUGAGUGCCUCAUGGAGGAGAAGGAUGUGAGAGGGUUCAUUAAGAGGGAUGAGUUUGAGCAACUUAGCUUACCAAUAUUGGAGCGAGUGAAGAAGCCUUUAGAGAAAGCUCUUGCAGAAACAGGUCUAACUGUUGAAGAUAUCUACGCUGUUGAGAUUGUUGGCUCAGGCUCUAGGGUUCCAGCUAUUUAUAAAAUUUUGACAGAGUUCUUUGGGAAAGAGCCUCGCCGCACAAUGAAUGCUAGUGAGUGUGUAGCAAAGGGAUGCGCAUUACAGUGUGCAAUGCUCAGUCCGACAUUUAAAGUUAAAGAUUUUCAAGUUAAUGAAAGUUUCCCGUUUGCAAUUUCAUUGUCAUGGAAAGAUGUUGCAGCAGACAAUCAGAAUGGGGCCGCAGAAGGGCAGCAAACUACUAUAGUUAUCCCUAAAGGGAGUCCUAUUCCCUGUCUAAAGGCUGUAACGAUCCUCCGGUCAGGCACACUUACUGUUGAUGUGCAUUAUGCUGAUGUUAGUGAGUUGCAGGCUCCAGCAAACAUCAGUUCCUACAUGAUUGGUCCCUUUCAAUCAAGUACGGGUGAUCGUGCAAAACUUAAGGUCAGAGUACGGCUAAAUUUGCAUGGAAUUGUGUCUAUUGAGUCAGCAAUGCUCUUAGAAGAGGAAGAAGUUGAAGUCCCUGUAGUGAAAGAGAGUACAAAAAUGGAAACUGAUGAUGCUCCAAAUGAGACCAAUACCGGUGAAGCUGAUGUGAAUAUGCAAGAUGCCAAGGGUGCUGUUGAAGCCCCAGCAGAAAAUGGUGCUCCUGAAUCUGGGGAGAAGACUUCAGCUGAAGUGAAUGACAAACCAUUGCAGAUGGAAACUGAUGCCAAGGCUGAUGCUGUGAAGAUAAAGGUUAAAAAAACAAAUGUACCUGUAUCGGAGUUGGUUUAUGGGGGUUUAUCACAAGAAGCUGUACAGAAAGCGACGGAGAAGGAGUUUGAAAUGGCUUUGCAAGAUCGUGUGAUGGAGGAAACUAAGGAUAGGAAAAAUGAAGUGGAAGCCUAUGUCUAUGACAUGAGGAACAAGCUUUAUGACAAAUAUAAUGAAUUUGUCACUCCAUCUGAAAAAGACGACUUUAUUGCCAGACUUCAAGAGGUAGAAGACUGGUUGUAUGAGGAUGGCGAAGAUGAAACUAAAAGUGUUUAUGUUGCAAAGCUUAAGGAGUUGAAAACUCAAGGUGAUCCAAUUGAAGAACGUUACAGGGAGCACAUGGAUCGUGAAAAUAUUGUUAACCAGCUUGUCUAUUGCAUCAAUAGUUACAGAGAGGCUGCAGCCUCUAAUGAGUCCAAAUUUGAGCACAUUGAUAUUUCGGAAAAACAAAAGGUCCUGACUGCCUGUGUAGAAGCCGAAGCCUGGCUGAGAGAGAAGCAACAGCAACAAGAUGCGCUUCCCAAGUAUGCGACUCCUGUUCUGAAGACAGCAGAUGUGACCAAGAAAGCUGAGGAGGUUGACAGGUUGUGUAGACCGAUAAUGACAAAACCCAAACCUGCUCCUCCAAAGCCAGCCAGCCCUGAACCACAACCUCAGCAACCUCAAGGAGGUGAGGCCGCCUCUCCCGGUGGAGACACCAAUGACAAUGAGGCUCCGAAUCCUGAGCCGAUGGAUACUGAGAAGUCAGAGACUGCUCCAACUGCUGCUUAAGUUGGUGUUACGCGUGAACUUCAUGGAUAUGAUUCUUUAUUGGGGGUUCGAUCUGUUAAAAAUUUUCAUACCUUUUUAAGCCCAACGAGAAUUUCAAGUGCUUUUGUUGUUGAUUGGGUUUCAAAGCUUGUAAUGUUUUAAUUUUUUUUUCAUUAGGGAUUGCUUAUUAUUCUAUAAGCUAAAAGGGAAAGGAGGGUUGGACGAGGGAAGUUCUUCGAAAGUCCAGUUUUGUGGAUGGGUUUCGAAGAGGAUAAUGAGGUUUAGUAUAUUCUUAUUGAUGCUUUAUUUUAUAUUUUCUUCAAUUUGUUACUGGAAAUUGGAUUUAUGAGCUUUUUUGAAGCUUAUAUCACAAGAUUUUGUUCCA